UUCCUGUUCUCAGAUCUGUGAUUGAGUUUGUUUUAAAUUCGUUACUCAGUCAGUGACAGGAGAGAUCACAGCCAUGGUGCCCUGUGUUUAUACCAUUGCCUACAGUAAACUGAUUCUGGCUCUUCUGCUGGUACCGACUUUCGCUGGAGGAAUGACCAGCAACACUAACCUGUACCAAAUUACACCAACCAAGGAGCCAGGCUCCACUUUAACACCAGGAUCUCGCCCCAGUCUUGAACCGAAGCCAGGAUCCACAAUGGAUUACGCAGAGCAGGGAAACCAUAGUCGAGAGGUCCUAGGCAACAACAUGGAAUUUCUGUUCAACGAGAGUUACAAAUACUGUGGCAAAGCCUUUGAAAACAACAUUCAGAACACUGGGCAACAGCAGUGGUGUAGCUGGAGAGCAAUUGCUAGCUUUUAUAAUACCUUAACAGAGUGCUCGGAAUUUAUAAUGGAGUUUUAUGGAUCCUAUUGGCCAAAUGAAGCUGGUGAAAAGUUAUUAAUCCUGAUGCACAAUCAUUACUUUAAGGAUUGCUUCGUGGAGGAGGUUCCCACUCUGAGUGAUCCUCCUGAAAACAUAGUGCUGGGUCUCAUUACGGUUCCAAUCAGCAUCAUACCCAUCAUUGUAACACUGGUCGUCUGGUGCAACAAAAACAUUGAGUCUAAUGCCAAAAAGUAGAUGCAGACAUUACAUGUAACCCUUCUUAUAGUUUGCUUCGCCCUGAACUCCUGAUUUCCUAUUUCCUGUAAAUAUUUCCCGUUGUGAUGACUGUUCUGGCACAUUUCUCUGCUCCAUUAGUUUAUUCUUCCAUUCCCUCAAACUCUCUGCAGCAUUUUGGUAAUACUCUGGAAUUAACAGUCUAAUCAUGACUGUGAAUCCAUUGUCGAUUGUCAGAAAAAAACCCAUCUGGUUCACUAAUGUCCCUUCGGGAAGAAACCUGCCAUCCUUACCUGGUCUGGCCUACAUGUGACUCCAGACCCACAGCAAUGAGGUUGACUCUUAACUACCCUCUGGGCAAUUAGGGAUGGACAAUAACUGCUGCCUGGCCAGUGACAUGCUUGUUCAAUGAAUUAAUAAAGAAAAAAAAAAUCACCUUCUGCGCAACCUGAUUUUGGGAAAUGUUCACCGCUGACUUGGAUCACAAUUUAUCAUCUCAACAGCCAGCUUGAUGUCACCAUCAUUCUCUCAACUUCAUACUCUUUAUCCAAUGUUCAUUCUUCGAUCAACUGUAAUCUUGUCUCAUUCAAUAUUGAAAAUGUCGAAUUCAUCGACUUUGGUCCCUCACUGCCCUAAACUCUGUGACCUGAUCACCAACUCCAACUCUCCCCCAACCACCUUCUCAGCUGAACACCUCCUCCCACCACGGCCCUGUCUGCCUCUGAGCCUCCUGAUCACACAUUAACUCCAUCGCUGUAAAUGGCUAUUUGCACCACCUUCAUGUCACUGGCCUCCACCACGACUUCUGCUCAUCCUCAUCAAAGGCCUUUGUUCCCUCAAGACCUGAUGACCAUUCCAGUAUGUUUCUGGCCAGACUCAUGUUGUCCAUUCUCUAUAAACCUAACUUCAGCCAACUCUCUGCACAGUCACACCAAGCCCCAUUUAUCUAUCUUGCCUCUGUUGGUUGAUUUAAGCUUAACAGGCUCUUGGGCCUUUAAUACUUUAUAUUUAAAGUUCUCAAAUUGUGUUUAAAUCUCUCCAUUAUCUUCCCUUCUCUGCCACCUCCGGUUACCCUAAAGCCAAAACUAUCCUCCUUAAGACAAAAGCCUUUGUUUGGGCGAGUUUUCUUUGGUUCACCUCCCUGCACUUUGUUCCUUAUUCCAUUUAAUCCUGAAAGUUGGAAAGCUCCCCUGAAUCUAACUGAUCUCUCCACCUCCGUCACCUCCUUCUUUUCGAUCGAGAAGCGGGUGCCUUUCCAAAUGUCCCAUUCUUUGGAUCUUUGUCUUGUUUUGUGUCUCGGUCUUAGGUUUUUAAUUAAAGAUGUAUGUGAAUUCAAGGAUGUUGAUGUUGUUGCUGGGAAUCUCUUGAGAAGUGGAUCUUUAUUCUUCAGUCAGCAGUGGAUCUGCUGACUUUCUUCACAAAAGAAUAAAUGAGAACUUUCCCCAAAUGCUGAGCUACUUUUUUCCUGACCUUCUGUGAUGAGAAUUUGAACAGAUCCACUGUACUGCUCAGAUUGUGGAAGUGCUGGCAGUGGAUGUGAUAGGAGCACGACACAUUUCUAAAUCCAAUCCUAGUCAAGGUUUCAGUUCCCUAUGGCAUGAGCGAGGUAGCAUAAAUAUUCUAUAGUGUACCUCACUUUACCAGGUGCAGCGGGCAGUAAGGAAGCUAAACUAGAUGUUGCUCUUCAUAUUGAGAGGAUUCAAGUUCAGGAACAAGGAUGUUAUGAGGCGAUUAGGCAAGAUUUAAGAUGCAUAGGGUGGGGAAGGAAACUGAGGGGCUGGGCACAAUUGAAAUGUGGAGCUUGUUCAAAGAACAUCUACUGAGUGUCCUUGAUACGUAUGUACCUGUCAGGCAGGGAGGAAGUGGUCAAGCGAGGGAACCGUGGUUUCCUAAAGAAGUUGAAUCUCUUGUCAAGAGGAAGAAAGAGGUUUAUGUAAAGAUGAGGUGUGAAGGCUCAGUUAGAACGCUUGAGAGUUACAAAGUAGCCAGGAAGAACCUAAAGAGAGAGCUAAGAAGAGCCAGGAGGGAACAUGAGAAGUCUUUGGCAGGUAGGAUCAAGGAAGACCAUAAAGCUUUCUAUAAGUAUGUCAGGAAUAAAAGAAUGACUAGAGUAAGAUUAGGGCCAGUCAAGGGCAGUAGUGGGGAGUUUUGCGUGGAGUCCAAAGAGAUAGGAGAGGUGCUAAAUGAAUAUUUUUCAUCAGUAUUCACACAGGAAAAAGACAAUGUUGUCAAGGAGAAUACUGAGAUACAGGCUAUUAGACUAGAUGGUAUUGUGGGUCAUAAGGAGGAGGUAUUAGCAAUUCUGGAAAGCGUGAAAAUAGAUAAGUCCCCUGGGCUGAAUGGGAUUUAUCUUAGGAUUCUCUGGGAAGCAUGGGAGGAGAUUGCAGAGCCUUUGACUUUGAUCUUUAUGUCAUCAUUGUCUACAGGAAUAGUGCCAGAAGACUGGAGGAUAGCAAAUGUUGUCCCCUUGUUCAAGAAGGGGAGUAGAGACAACCCUGGUAACUAUAGACCAGUGAGCCUUACCUCAGUUGUUGGUAAAGUGUUGGAAAAGGUUAUAAGAGAUAGAAUUUAUAAUCAUCUAGAAAGGAAUAAUUUGAUUAGGGAUAGUCAACACAGUUUUGUGAAGGGAAGGUCAUGCCUUACAAACUUCAUUGAGUUCUUUGAGAAGGUGACCAAACAAGUGGAUGAGGGUAAAGUGGUUGAUGUGGUGUAUAUGAAUUUCAGUAAAGCACUUGAUAAGGAUCCCCAUGGUAGGCUAUUGCAGAAAAUACGGAGUCAUGGGAUUGAGGGUGAUUUAGUGGUUUGGAUCAGAAAUUGGUUUGCUGUAAGAAGACAGAGGGUGGUGGUUGAUGGGAAACGUUCAUCCUGGAGUUCAGUUACUAGUGGUGUACCGCAAGGGUCUGUUUUGGGGCUACUGCUGUUUGUCAUUUCCAUAAAUGACCUGGAUUAGGGCAUAGAAGGAUGGGUUAGUAAAUUUGCGGAUGACACUAAAGUCGGUGGAGUUGUGGAUAAUGUGGAAGGAUGUUGCAGGUUACAGCGGGACGUAGAUAAGCUGCAGAGCUGGGCUGAGAGGUGGCAAAUGGAGUUUAAUGCAGAAAAGUGUGAGGUGAUUCACUUUGGAAGGAGUAACAGGAAUACAGAGUACUGGGCUAAUGGUAAAAUUCUUGGUAGUGUGGACGAGCAGAGAGAUCGCGGUGACCAUGUGCAUAGAUCCCUGAAAGCUGCCACCCAGGUUGAUGGGGUUGUUAAGAAAGCAUACGGUGUGUUAGGUUUUAUUGGUAGAGGGAUUGAGUUUCGGAGCCAUGAGGUCAUGUUGCAGCUGUACAAAACUCUGGUGCGGCCGCACUUGGAGUAUUGCGUAGAGUUCUGGUCACCGCAUUAUAGGAAGGAUGUGGAAGCAUUGGAAAGAGUGCAGAGGAGAUUUACCAGGAUGAUGCCUGGUAUGGAGGGAAGGUCUUAUGAGGAAAGGCUGAGGAACUUAAGGCUGUUUUCGUUAGAGAGAAGAAGGUUAAGAGGUGACUUAAUAGAAACAUAUAAGAUGAUCAGAGGGUUAGAUAGGGUGGGCAGUUGGUGAUGGCUAGCACGAGGGAUCAUAGCUUUAAACUGAGGGGUGAUAGAUGUAGGACAGAUGUCAGAGGAAGUUUCUUUACUCAGACAGUAGUAAGGGAAUGGAGUGCCCUGCCAGCAACGGUAGUAGAUUCACCAACUUUAAGGGCAUUUAAAUAGUCAUUGCAUAAACAUGUGGAUGAUAAUGGAAUAGUGUAGGUUAGAUGGGCUUCAGAUUGGUUUCACAGGUCAGCACAACAUUGAGGGCCAAAGGGCCUGUAUUGCGCUGUAAUGUUCUAUGUUCUAUGUCAUACAGGACCUUGAUGAGGCCACACCAGGAAUAUUGCGUGUAGUUUAAGGAUUGGGGUAAAGUUUCAGGACUGGGAUGAGGAGAAAUAUCUUCACCCAGAGAAGGGCAAGCCUAUGGAAUUCACUGCCACAGAAAACGGUUGAGACCACAACAUUGUGUUUUGAAGAAGGUAGUAGAUAUCGCACUUGUUGUUAAAGUGGGGGAUUGAGUUUGAUGAUCAGCCACGAUCCUAUUGAAAGGCAGAGAGAGAGGCGCCUCCCCCUCUCUCCCUAUUUAUUCCAGAACCCUCUCCCCAUCCCCCUUUUUUGAUGAAGGGUCUAGGCCCGAAACGUCAGCUUUUGUGCUCCUGAGAUGCUGCUUGGCCCGCUGUAUUCAUCCAGCUCCACACUUUAUUAUCUUGGAUUCUCCAGCAUCUGCAGUUCCCAUUAUCUCUGAUCACUUCCCAAUUUUCUUGGUUGAAUUCCAUCUGCCACUUCUUUGCCCAGUUCUGCAUCCUGUCAAUGUCCCAUUGCAGCCUACAACAGCCCUUCACGCUGUCCACAACUUCACCAACCUUCAUGUCAUCAGCAAACUUACCAGCCCACCCUUAGACUUCCUCAUCCAAGUCAUUUAUCAAGAUCACAAAUAGCAGAGGUCCCAGAACAGAUCCCUACAGAACACCACUGGUCACCAAGCUCCAGGUUGAAUACUUUCCCUCUACUACCACCCUCUGUCUUCUAUUGGACAGCCAGUUUUGUAUCCAGACAGCCAAAUAUCCCUGAAUCCCAUGCCUCCUUACUUUCUGAAUGAACCUUAUCAAAUGCCUUGCUAAAAUUCAUAUACCCCAUGUCCACUACUCUACCUCCAUUGAUGUGUUUUGUCACAUCUUCAAAGAAUUCAAUAAAGCUUGUGAGGUAUGACCUGCUCCUCACAAAGCCAUAUUUGUUUGCCCCCGAUACCCAUUGAUUCCAGUUUUGCUAGGACUGCUUGAUGCUACACUUGGUCAAAUGCAGCUUUGAUGUCAAAGGGCUGACACUCUCUCCUCACCUCUGGAAUUCAGCUCUUUUGUCCAUGUUUGAACCAAGGCUGUAAUGAGGUCAGGAGCAGAGUGGCUCUGGUGGAACCCAAACUGGGCGUCACUGAGCAGGCUAUUUCAGAGCAGGUGCUGCUUGAUGAUACUAUUGAUGACACCUUCCAACACUUUACUGAUGAUCGAGAGGAGGCUGAUGGGGCAGUAAUUGGUCGGGUUGGAUUUGUCCUGCUUUUCAUAUAAAGCACACCAGGUGUGUUUCCAUUGGAGAUAGUGAGAACUGCUGAAGCUGUAGUUAAAGAUAACACAACUUGGAGCUGGAGGAGCACAGCAGGGCAGGCAGCCAAUUAAGAAUUUCUGAAGAAGGGUCCUAAUCCAAAACGUCAGCUUUCCUGCUCCACUGAUGCUGCCUGGUGUGCUGUGUUCAUCCAGCUCUACUCUAUGUUACCUCUGAUGUGUUUCUAUUUAUGUGCUUGCCUGUCUACGUAUAUCUGUGUGUGUACACGUGUGCCUGUGCCUAACUUUGCGUUGGGUUCAUUGGGUUCAAUAGGCAGUACAGUGGCUCAGUGGUAAGCACUGCAGCCUCACAGCACCAGGGACCGGGGUUUGAUUCCAGCCUCCGGUGACUGUCUGUGUGCAGUUUGCAUGUUCUCCCUGUGUCUGGGUGGGUUUCCUCUGGGGGCUCCAGUUUCCUCCCACAGCCUAAAAAUAUGCAUGUUAGUGUGGAUUAGCCAUGGGAAAUACAGGGAAAUGGGAAAGGGGGCUAGGGCUGGAGGAUUGAUGGGCUGAAUGGCCCAUUUUCACACUGUGGGGAUUUAAUACUCCAAAUGAUGGUGAGACACUGUUGUAUAAGUCUCUCUCCCUUCCCCACUCGUUAAUACCAGCUCUGAUUAAAGAUCCAGAAUGAAAUGUCAAA